GCGACACGCAAGUAAAAAUGAAAAAAGGGUAUAACGAAUGGGGUUUAUUCGCUUAGCAACGCGAAUUCGGCAAAGAAAUCGAUGCCCGAAAGAGAGUCGAGGAACGAUAAAAGUUUUCGGUCAGUGGAGCGCGCCGCACAGUAGUCCGCCCCCGCACGCGAGCAUGAAUUCGUCGCGACGAACGAACAUCUCCCUCGAAUUUUCCAACGCCCCCGAGGAGGUGCUCGUGCGACUGCUGAGAUUCAGCGGAGUGAGAAAGAUCUGCGACUUCUUGACCAGCCACCCAACGCUCGAUCUGCAUUAUCCGAAGGAAAAUCUGUCGACCCCGCUGACGAGCGCCAUCGAGCGAUCCGAUCCGCUGAUACUCGCCAUGCUGAUCGACAAGAUACCGGUCGAUCUGGACGACACCUUGACGCAGCCCUGCGGCAAAACUGCCCUCAUGCACGCGGCCUACUGCACGGACAAUCCGGAGGUGUUGCAGGUUUUGAUAAGGAAAGGCGCGGAUCCGAGCAAGACGGAUAUGCACGGAUGGAACUGCUUGUUUUACGCGAUUAUAGGAAGAAGAUCGAAAAACGUGAUGGGACUGCUGCGAGAUAAGACGAUCUCGAUCGAGUCGAGGGACGACGAAGGCCGAACUCCGCUCAUGAUAUCCGUUUAUCUGUCGAGCUACGAAAUCUUCGAGCAGCUGAUCGAGAUGGGCGCGGACGUGGACGCGAUCGAUCGUCACGGCCUGAGCGUCCUGCACCUGGCCAUCCUGAAAAGAAGCCGAGACUGCGUGAUCGCGUUGGCGAGGCUGUGUCGUCCAAAAACGACAAAGACCCUCGAACUGGCUCGAGAGCUGCUUCGGGACCUGCUACCGGUCGAGGCUAAUUUUCGGAUCGAAUGACGAAUGA